AGUUAAGGAGGUUGGCAUGGAAAUGUAAUGUUGAAAUGAUAAAAUGAGCAGCUCCUGGGCCCAAUUUGAGGCUAAUCUACGCAAAGAGCUUGGGAGAGGUGGACCAGAUAAGGACAGCGUUCCGAAUGAGCUACCUUCGGCUGCCUCCCAUCUCAAGAAGAAUGAUCUGUUUCUGUUUGGAUCUGGUUCAGUAUCCAACCUACUGGUUGUUUCAUGCCAUGAAUGCGGAGCUCUGCUCAAGCCUGCAUUCCUUGCGCAUCACAUCAGAAAAGUUCAUCCAGGACCGGUUCAAACGCAAGGCAGCAGCAGCAGCAGUAGUAACAGUAGUUCAGUGAUUAACACCACACGACACAGUACUCCCCCCAAACCACACCCCCAGAAAUUCAAACACCCCCUACCACCCAACAACCGAAUAGAGCAGCUCAUCCGAGAAGAGGAAGGUUUUGUCAAAACCAAACCUAAGAAUAAAAUUUCCCUAAAUGUCUCCUCAUCUGGCAACAAAUCGACGAAAAAGAACCUGAAAAAGGGUAGAGAUAGGAAAAAUCAGGUCAGAAAUCGACACCAGAAAAUGUCAGUGGAUGACAAGGAGAGUGAUACUAUAAUAUUGAACGCUAUGUCUCAUGUCGCAUCUCCGCCGCCAUCUCCACCCUCGCUCUACCCAUCCCCACCUCGCCUGACUAAGCCUCAAAAGAAGGUCACCAAAAGAGAAAUCAGCACGGAUCUCAAAAAUGUCGAACCUAAGGAGGAGUUCAAGUUGAAACCGGGUGUGUUUAACUUCAAAAGUUUGCUGAAACAGCUUCCGACGGUCAACAAAAAUGCGUUCCUUCAACGAAUACCGGAGGAUGUGACGAGAGAACAUCGGAACGGUUUGAUGUACCAACACCAACGACCUAGGCCUCUUGGGACGUCACAUUACGGUGGAAGGAGUAUGGGAUCAGGUCAGAUGGUGUUCACGAGAUGUUCGGAUAACUUGAGGGCUGCUCUUAAUAACAUACUGCCGUCUCCGCAGACCUAUGAGUGUACUUGCGAAAUAAAAUCACAAGACGCUUCAGUGAGCGAAGCUAUUGUCACCUCCACCGACUACCAGACUGAUUCUCAAGGGACUCGUAGCCAGCGGUUGGACGAAUACUCUGACAGUUUCUCUUCCUCCCGACAAACGUCCCCUGGUGUCGACAAGCUCCUCGACAUCUUCGAUCCGGAUAUUCUCGACAAGUCCUUCUCCGACGACUUCUUUUCCGACUCGUUAUCAUGGACUGACUAUGCAGAUCCCGGUAAACUUUCCAACAAACUGUUUGCUCCACCCGGGGCUAACAAGCCCAACAUCCCAAAAUUGAAAGUCGACACCAACCAGAUCAAGUCUAACAGUGCGAUGGCGGUGUUUGAGUUCGAUGACCCCGAGGAGGGACGUCGAGCGAAGGAGGAAGAGAGGAUGAGACUGAUGAGGACAGGAACUUCUUCCGGGAGGAAAAAUAAACGGAAAAUUACCAAGUCCCCUUCUCAGGCCUCUACUCCUAAGAAUACCACAACAGUUAAUGGAAAUUUCGAACAACCCUCUCCUUCCACAUCUACAUUCUCCAGCAAACGAGGACGAUACGAGGUAAUAGAGCUGGACCCCUCUCCGACCCCUCCCUCUACUUCUCCUAUCAAACACUGUGUCGCUUCUCCUCGUCAAUUUUCUUACAUGGUCGGAUACGGCGAACAAAGUGCCACAUGAAACUACGCGUCGCUAUGGAAACCAUCGCGCCACUUCCAUGGCAACCGAACUUUUUCCUUCUAUUCUCAAACACCAGUCCCAAUUAUUUGAAGAACUAUGAUAACUGAUAAGCCCAGAAAUGCUAAGGAUUGUCACUCCAUCUCUCGAUAAUUAUAAUUUGUUCAAUAAUUUAUUAUUUUCCUAUGUUUAGAUGACGGUUUGUCCAAAUGUAAAUUGUUUAUAUAACUAUUGAAGCUCGCAUAUCAUUGUAUUGCAUAUAUAAUAAUUAAUAAUUAAUUAUUUGAGUAUAUUAAAUCGAUAUGGCACUGCUGACGCAAUGCAAAUCCCGGAUUAUAGAAUUGAACAGUGUUUUGGAGUAAUUUUACUUAAGCAGUAAGUCCCUAAUAUUUGUCUAAAAAUCGUUUGUGUAUAGCAGUCGGUAGUAAUUAGUAAAUACAGUAAUUUGAUGUUCCCUAAUAAUAAUAAUAGUUAAGUUUUCUUCUUAAAUUGAAUAUUUAGACUUUUUCUUAUGCAAUCAUAUCAUAAUUCUAGGGUGUUAUGAUACAUUUUAUACUUACUUUGAUAUAAUCCAUUUUCUCUAGUUAAAAAUUGCAGUUUGUACCCCAGAUUUUAGUUAAGCUAUGUCAGUGACAAAAUUGGUCCUUUUAGCUGCCGUGUAACUAUAAUAAUGUCUUGUUAUUGAUAAAGCUGAUACCAGGAAUUCAACUUUAUGCCCUUGAGAGUUUUUAUAAAGCUUUCGAACUUGGUGUACACAUUGGUCGAUAUCCGGUUAUCUGUUUGGUUUAAAUAAAAAAGAAACCCAUGGAACUUAAGAAUCGAUUUUGUACUUUCGACCAAUGUGGUUGCACCAACGCUACAGUCAGAUCAUAGAUUUUAUCGUCAUCAAUUGUUGUACAUAGCAUUUUUACAGUCUGUUUGCAUCGGUGGUCAGCAUAUGACACACGAGUCAGUGUAAUCUCUCAGAAGCUGAGUUUUUGGAGUAUAGUUUUUGAAGAACCGAAUGUGAACUGGCUAGAAACGUAGCAACUGGCAGAACGUUAACAGGCAACAUUUCUAAUAGAGGACACUUAAAUUACUCGAGCGAAUCAUUCCUUCAUUCUAGAAUAGUAUUUUUAGUUAUCUGAAAAGAGAAUUUUGUUAAUUUUAAUAUUGAGGAUACAUAUUAUUAUGUUACAAAUCGAAA